AAUAGUGUGAGUGCUGAGUCAGGAGUGCCAACUCAGAGCUGCUGCUGCUGCUGCUGUCGGCUUCAUUUCCUCCUCGUAUUCUUCUCGCUCCAUUCACCAGGCUCCGAGGUGAUCUAAUAUCUCGCCGGGGGUUUGUGUCUGUGUGAGCUGGAUUUUUCCACGUUGUUUUGGGUUGAACUUGUGUUUGCCCGCGUUGUAGCGCCGCACACUGCGGGGGUCUGGCCGCGGGUUUGGGGGGGUGGAGGUGGUGGUGGUGGUGCUGGUGGAGGUUCAUCUCGGCUUGUUCUGCUCACUGGAGCAUUGCGCACAGCACACACUUUCUUUUCAAAGGGGCUUGUUUUUUUUAAGGAGAAUGAACACGGAAACGGGACACGAGACACUGAAACUCGAUCGGUUUUGCGUGUAACGUGGAUUUCGAUGGAUUUGUGUUGUCGAGGCUGAUUGCGGAAAAAAAAACCGUCUGAUGGGAAAACGUGGCGCUUGAGGACGUGCUCACCAAGCUUCAUGCUUUCAGCUCAGGGGACCAUGUCUGUCCACAUAGUGGCCCUGGGCAGCGAGUGUCCUGGGGGAGUGGGGUCCGGAGAGGAACCUGCUGCUCCAGCACAGGUGCAAGGAGGGCUGCUGUGGAGCUACCUGGGCCAUGGAGCCAGAGAGCUGGACCCCACGUCCACCACUCCUUCCAGACACCCGUUGAACCCAGCCUUUAUGGAGUACCAGUCUAGAGUGUUCGGAGAUGUCCGAGUGAUGGUGCGAGAUUGCCCUAGCUGGGAUUUAUUGGACAGUGACUGGGCCAGCGUCCGGAGUGUUUUGGAGCAAGCCGAUAUUGUGGUCAUUAAGUAUUCCGUAAAUGACAAGCUGGCCUUCCAGCAGGUUCGAAAUGGCUACGCCCCUCGACUCCGCCCCCUCCUGCGUCACUGGGGCUUGCCUGUCAUCCUGGUAGCAGUCGGGGCGCGACUUAAUGAUGAAGGGCCACCAUGCACAUGUCCCCUGUGCGCAUCCGACUGGAGCACUUGUGUUCCUCACGGUGAGGGGCUCCAGCUGUCCCGAGACCUGGGUGCCACCUACCUGGAGUUACCUUCGCUCAAUAACUUCUUUGUCGGUCGCUACUUCGGCAGUGUGCUUGAAUACUUCAUGAUUCAGUGUCUGAAGCAGAAAGCUAAAGAGAGACCUGAAAAGAGGCGGGGUCACCGGUUUAAUGAGCCCCGCCCUCCACACUUGGACCAACCAGCACGUCUUCCUCCAGUGCGAGUGGAAGAGUCAAGCUUCUCUCAGGACCUGCAGUGGUUGCUGGAGCGUGGCGCACAGUUUGCUGAUGUGGUCUUUUAUGCUGGGGAUUCUGGGAAGGAGCUGGGAUGGGCGCAUGCAGCUGUUUUAAGUGCUGUGAGCCCUUAUUUCAAGCAGCUGCUGGUGGGAAGGCAGGCGUGGGAGAGGCCCAUGUCCCGAUGUGCUUGCCGGGAGAGAGAUAGCCCCCACUCUCUGCUGUCCACAUGGGAUGGUGGUUUGGAUGACCUGACCCGGACAGAUGGGCACCUACCUGGGCAACUUUCCCGGCUAGUCGUGAAGGACCCGCUGUUGUGUAUAUGCAUGUGGGAGACGCUGAUGUUUCUCUACAGAGGGGCUUGGGAGUGGGAGUUUCUGGAGGAGGCUUUGGCUGAGAAGCUCAAGAACCCUUUAGCGGUGGCACAGCUGAUGGAUCGAAUACGCUCGUUUGUUGGGAGGGAAAAGGCCCUCAGGGACACGGCAGCUCCGCGCUCUCAGCCUGGUCCUCAAACACUGGGAAACAUCUUCAACUCCCCUCUCUACUCUGAUGUCAUUUUUAUGGUGCAAGGGAGCGUCCUGCCUGCACACAGAGCCGUCCUUGUUGCUCGCUGUGAUGUCAUGGCAGCUAUGUUUAGCGGCAAGUAUGCAGAAGCCCGGAGCCGAGUAGUACCCAUACACGGGGUUUCCUCCGACACCUUCCUCGCUUUCCUGGAGUAUCUCUACACAGACACCUGCUGUCCAGCCAGUGUGUUGCAAGCUAUGGCGGUACUCGUCUGUGCAGAGAUGUACCAAGUGAAGCGUCUGCAGCACCUCUGCGAGGUGUGUGUGUGUGCGUAUUUGCAGAGCAUGCCCAGCCGGGAGCUGGCAUCCACCAGCAUCAGUGUGAUCCGGUUACUGAGGAGAGCAAAGUGUCACAAUGCUGAUCAACUGUACGUCUGGCUCCUCCACUUCAUUGCCAAUAACUACCUGAUCUUCAGCCACAAACCUGACUUCCUGGAGCUAUCAGGUGAGCUGUCUGAGACGGUCUGUAAAGCUGAGCAGAUAAUUACUACAAAUAAGGUGUCCUUGUGUCUAAAAGACCAAAUGCCCUAAACAAUGUUAAAGUAUGUCAACCCUUAUGCUUCACCAUAUGCUAGUUAUGACACAACAGCUCUUGUGAACAGGAAAUGCUAAUGCAGGUCAAACCCUGGGGCAUUAUGUUGUGUUGUGCAUAAUAAUCCAAAGCAGAAUAGUAUAAGCAACUCUUAAAGUACCCCUGGUGCACAGUCUGCGUUCCAGUUCACCCGAAAGGUGUUCUGUAGAAUCGAGGGCAGGACACUCGAGUUCUUCCACAUUGACCUUGGCAAACCAUGUCGUCAUGGACCCUGCUGGACCAUAGACCAGGUCAUCGGCAUCUUCGCUCCAGUGAAGGGAAAUCGUAAUGCUACAGCAUACUAGUACAUUUUGGAAAGUGGGUGUGCUUCCAACAUUGUGGCAACAUUAUGGGUGUGAUAUUUUGAUCACAGUAAUUUCUUUUGGGGAUUUUUAUUUAUACUUUUUUAUCCCCCGCUGGCCAAAAGGCCCAGGGGUGUGGGGGUGAAGAUCAUGUCGUGGCAAUUUCUAUCCAUCCGUCCAUCCUGGGAAAAGUACUCACCUUCUAAAAUCAACUCCUCUCACAAUUUUUGGAGGAAUUUCACAAAACUUGGCAGGAUUCUUUGUUAUAUGUCAGUAAUACACAUAUUGCAAUUUCAUUCAAUUCAGUCACAUUUUACCAGAGUUAUGGCAUAGCUGCCAGCAAGGGAUAUUGUGUUCUCAGAGCACUAGUCAUCCAUUUAUUGUUAAUGUUGAACAUCAUUAAACAAGUUACUUCCUGUUCUUAUGCUAACCAGUCCACCCCGACAUUAAUGCUGCGUUCAUGUGCUAUGGGAAGAUGAUAUUUUCCAGUUGGGAAGUGGUACA